AUGACAUAGCUAAAAUAUGUUCUAAAUUUAAAAAUGAGCGCGAACUUUCUCUUUAUUUCAUUAUUUAUUUUAAUUUCCGUUAACAAUUCACAACAAUAUGAAGUUGUGCCGUCAGAUAAUAAUCCUAAAAACAAUUUUACGGAUAAAGAUUACGGAAAAGGCAGUUUGGUUUUUGUGUUUGAUACUACGGGAUCUAUGUUUAAUGAUUUGAGGCAGCUGAGGGAAGGUGCUGAAAUGAUUUUGAAGACUGCAUUAGAAGAUAGCAAUGUAAUCGCUGACUUUGUAUUUGUCCCAUUCCAUGAUCCAGCUGUGGGGCCACCGACAGUUACUAAAAAUAAGGAUAUAUUCAAAUCAGCAUUAAACAUUGUCCGUGUUUAUGGAGGUGGUGAUUGUCCCGAGAAAUCUUUGACGGGAAUACAAAUGGCUUUGAAAGUCAGUCGUCCUCGGUCAUUUAUAUACGUCUUCACUGACGCUACAGCCUCAGACCAUAAAAAGGUGGGAUCGAUACUGGACUCCAUUCAAAGGAAGCAGAGUCAGGUGGUGUUCGUAUUGACCGGACAUUGUAACGAUCUAAACAGACCUUCAUACAAAGUGUACCAACAAAUAGCCGCCGCUAGUUCCGGACAAGUGUUUAAUUUAAACAAAACCAGCGUCUAUAAGGUGCUAGAGUUUGUGCGGUCUUCCAUAAAAGGGAGAACAGUAAACUUGGGAUCAGCUUUCAAUCCCGCUGGUUACAAUUAUACGCAGAAGAUCCCAGUGGACAGAUCGGUUGGUGAGGUGACAGUGUCGGUGUCGGGAGCAAAGCCGCAGAUCAGAGUCAUCAACCCCAGUGGAGAAGAGAUAACGGGGCCUCCACAACUCGUCACUACUUUGGAUUUGUCAGAGAUUAUGAUAGUGAAAGUCCUUCAACCAGAACCAGGGAACUGGAGUAUAACAGUGGGGAGUGAGGAGGAACACUCUGUGAAGGUGGUGGGGUUGUCCAACCUUACUUUCCAGCACGGGUUCUCCGUGAUACCAACUAAAUCCCUAGAGGAGACGAGCUAUCGACCACUACAAGACGCAUACAACCACAUGAUGAUAUCUCUUAGCGAGUCUAAUACAUCUCUACGGCUGGAGAAUGUUGAACUUCUCGGCUUGGACGGAAAGACCAUAUUCGAAGUACCGCUAAAGGCCUUGGAUAAGAGUGACGGGAGGACAUAUAUAGCGGAGGCCUUUGUGCCACCGAACGAGUUUUUUAAUUUAGCUAUCAUUGGUCGUGAUGAGUUCGGUCAGGAAGUGCGACGAGUUGGUCCUACAGCUGUUCAAGCAAAACCGCCAGAUGUUCCGGAGUUGAUAGUGCCGAAGAGGGUAAGGGCGCGCCCACACGAGCGCGUGCGGCUGGCGUGUCUCUCGCGCAGCGCCGCGCCGCAGUCCGCCGCCUGGAGCCGCGCCGCGCCCGUCUCCGCCCUACAAAGUGUGACGGCAGAGUAUGUUAUUGAAGAUAUGAGUGAAGGAGAUGUUGGAGUUUACUACUGUGUAGCCAGAAACGUCGCGGGGCGGAGUAGAGCGAGUACCGUCGUCGAUUUGAUCGUUGAUCCACCCCAAGUAAACAUCUCAACGGUGAAUGCAUCAUUGUCUGAACACGAAGACUUAACAAUCACCUGCGACGUGUUCAGUGAAGCUCUGCUACAACGCACGCAGAUUAUUUUCAACGGCACGUUGCAGAGUUAUGUGGUUGAUGUCAAAUUAGAGCCUACCUUGGACGGUUACUACACGUUUAACAAAACGAUACGGAAUUUAAGUGAAAGAGACAGCGGUAUGUUUACGUGCGUUGCUGUUAAUAGAGCUGGCUACACAAAUGACUCAACGAAUAUAACCAUACAGUUAGAUCCCAUAGCACAAAUCUUAGGUCCUCACAUGAUCACUAAAAGUGCACACUCGGACGUACAAUUUGUCUGUCACGUGGAGAAUGCCUUACAAGUUCAGUGGUCGUAUAAUAAUAACACCGUAAAAAAGUACGAUGUUAACGGUAGUUACAAUGCAGUGCUGGAUAUUAAAAAUGUCACAGACGACGGUGUCUGGACUUGUGUGGCUCUACGCGAUUCCUUGAAGGGAUCUGAUACGAUCUCACUCACAGUUCUUAUAAAACCUGAAGUGACUAUUGAAGGAUCGAAAAACAUAACAAUUUUAAAUGGAACCACUUUCCAAAUAUUUUGCACUGUGGUAGCAAAGCCUGCACCGCGUAUUGUGUGGCACAUGGAGACUGAGAGAUUUUUGCCUAACGUUGUAACGAACCCUGAGCCGAAGGUAUAUAAAAGUGUCCUCACACUAGACAGUCAGAGAGAACAAAUAAAUGGGACAUAUUUCUGUUUCGGAGAAAACUCAGAAGGUAUCAAUCAAGACAGUGUUGCUAUCAACGUGAGGAGACAAAUGACACUUCUCAACGGUUUUACAGAUACAUCAGUAGAAAUGUACUCACAAAUCAACUUUACCUGCGACAUCGAUGCCUACCCUACCCCCCACAUCACGUGGUAUCACAACAACACUCGUAUCAACACUAACGACAGGAUAAGUAUAUCUGAUAACAACACUGUUGUGAGCAUACAUAAAGUAGACUUUGAUGAGUUGGGACGAUAUGUUUGUGAAGCGGAAAACGGCUUUGAAAACAUGUCGGUCGUUGGGACCUUGGGAGUGCAUGGAUUGGCAAAACCUCUCGUAUCAAAAGAACCGACUAUGAUCGUAACGCAGCAAAGCAAAGUGGCAACACUCACAUGUAGAAUUGUUAAGGGUAAUCCUGAACCGCGAAUAACUUGGCAGUAUAAUAAUAACUCUGAUUUCUCUUCCUUACCUGAUGGUGUAUCCAUAAAGAAUCACAAACUUAUAAUAGCAGAAGUAAAAAAAUAUCACUCUGGAAAGUAUCGCUGUAUUGCGGAGAAUAUAAUGGGAAGUGAUGUUUACGAUGUGGAAUUGAUAGUACAGUACCCACCAGAAUUCAAUGUGUCUCAAGAAAAUCACUUGGAAGGUCCCAUAGAAGUGAAGUCCGGUGUUGAAGUACAGCUGAGGUGCAACGUGUCUGGAGUUCCACCGCCAAUCGUAACUUGGACAAAAGAUGAAUUACCCGUUACAUAUUCUAGUAAUGUAUAUUUGAAUGACGACAGUGUUCUAGUGAUAGCGAACGCGACAACGUAUGACUCCGGCGUGUUCAGAUGUAACGCUAGCAGCGGUUUGGGCUUCGUCACCAAGGACUUUAAUAUCACUGUUUAUAUGCCCCCAGAGAUCGCGGCGCCCGCGGAGACGGCGCUGGCGGUGCGCGAGGGCGCGCUGGUGGAGCUGCGCUGCGCCGCGCGCGGGGCGCCGCCGCCCGCCGUGCGCUGGCGCCGCGCGCCGCGCCCGCUCGCCGCGCGACACGCGCGCGCCGGCGCGCUGCGAUUCGUAGCAAACGUAACUGACUUCGGCGAAUACACGUGUCUCGCGAGCAAUCAGUACGGAACCGCCUCCCUCAACUACACGGUGUAUGUUUGGGUUCCACCACAUAUAGAACCGCCACUGGACGUAUUCAAAGAGGCUCAAAUCGGAUCAGACUUGCAUUUAGAGUGUGACGCAGUCGGGUUUCCGCUACCAGUGGUCACGUGGGAGUUUCAAGAAGAGAUAUUAAUUGACAAUACGACGGAUACAAGUUUUGAUGAAUCUGGAAACUUUUAUUUGAAGAAUGUCAGCUUGGAACACGAAGGCCUGUACGUUUGCAUUGUUGAAAAUGUAGCCGGAAUUGCUAAGAAGAACUAUUUCAUCACUGUCAUUGAGAAGCCAAAAAUCCUUGUCGAUAAUUAUACGGGGCCCUACGUUGCUUCAGUCUUAGACGUUGCCUUGACCAUCUCGUGUCGCGCUGCAGGGAAACCUCGACCCUAUGUCGCUUGGAUUAAGGACGGAUAUUAUCUUGACAAAGAUAGCAGAUACGAUAUAGACGUCGACGGCACACUCACCAUCAAAAGUCCCUCUGAAGACCUUAGCGGGAUGUAUACGUGCGUGGCGACUAACAGUGCAGGAAACGAUACUAAAGAUGUGACCGUUGAAAUAUAUUCGUUGCCUACAGUAAUGCAGGAUGAGAGCGCUGUCAGCACUGUAACAGCGCUGGAAGGAAGCGCAGUAGAGCUACACUGUCCAGUAACGCACGGCCAUACUGUGAAAUGGUAUAAGGACGCGGAACUGAUAUCCGCCGGCACACUGAAGUUCGCCAACGUGUCCCGCGCGCACGACGCGCAGUACGCGUGCGUGUCAGCCAACGCCGUGGGCGCGGCGCUCGCGCACGUGCGCCUGCGCGUGCAGUGGCCGCCCGCACCGCCCGCACCGCCCGCGCCGCCCGCCGCGCGCGCGCUCGCCGGCGCCGACCACUACUUCCGCUGUCCGACCGACGCGGAACCUCGUGCUCAGAUGAAAUGGUUGUUCAAUUCGAAGCCCAUUUUCGGCGAAGACAAGGAUGUAUUGAAGGUAUUUAAUGUUCAGCUGCGUCACAGCGGAGAAUACGAAUGUGUCGCGAGAAACGAACACGGCACCAUCCAUAGACGAUUCAGCUUUGAAGUGUUGAAGCGACCAUUUAUAUCAGAGUUUGACCUGCUUGAAGUUGAACUAAAAUCCGGAGUCAAUGCUAGUCUCGAAUGCAUCGCUACAGGAUUUCCAAAACCAACCAUAUCUUGGACUUUUAACAAUACAAAUUGGAUCAUUGAAAACACUACACUGAUAACUCGCAACGUUACACAACUCUCUGAAGGUGUAUUCCGCUGUGAUGCGACGAACGAGGCGGGCGUCGCCCACCUCGUGUAUCGUGUUGUUGUUAUUUCGGGUGCGACUGUUGAUAGUAUGGUGUUGUAUGUUAACGGAGAAGGGAGUCGUGUGGAGAACAUCGUAGAGAUUAGCCUCGACACCAAAGUUAGAAUCGCAUGCAAAGCAGCUGGCAGUCCUGCGCCAAUAAUUCAGUGGAUAAGGCAUGGCAAUACUAUUAGCCAAAACAGUGAGGGUAUUGACUACGCUGAUUUGGAGUUUGAUCGAGUUUCCACUUACGACAACGGGGAAUAUUCCUGCAUCGCGUCUAAUCAAGGAGGUAUUCAAGAGAAGAAGAUAAAAGUCAAUGUUUUAGAACCACCGAGAAUUUUCCAGACACUGUUCCAAAACGCAAAUCAUUCUAAAAAUGAAAUAGAAUUAGAAGUUAUUUUAGGUCAAGCAUUUUAUAUGCACUGUCAUCCUUAUGGAAAUCCUUUGCCAGUGAUAUACUGGUUUAAAGAUGGUCUGCCUUUGAGGUUCUACGACGAUAGCAUGGUGUCGACUGAUUUUGCUGAAAUUGUUAUCUCUAAGCGUGCAAGUCAAAAACAAAUAGGAAAUUACACUUGUGUUGCUAGAAAUAAAGUUGGAGAGGCCAGUGUAGUGUAUUUGGUUGAUAUUUUAGUUCCUCCCCCAACACCAAAAGAUAAUAUAAAACAAGCAAGCGUUUUCAUAAAUACAACAUUAAACUUGACGUGUCCCGCGGAAGGACGACCGAGACCUUACGUGAUGUGGGUGAAACAUCCAUUCAUAGAGAUAGCGGAAUCACAAAGAGUUCAGCUACAGGAUGACAAUUAUACCUUGAUAGUAAAAGACACCGAAGUAUCAGACAGUGGUAAGUAUUCAUGCAUAAUGACAAAUAAAGUUGGUACAACAGAACUCAUAUACGACGUGGUUAUACAAAAGCCACCAACGAUUGUCGGUAAUGAAGAAAACAAGACCGUUGAAGAGCAUGUGGUGGACUUAAGAAAGAGCAUUGUAUUGAAGUGCGAAGUAGAUGGAAAUCCUCUACCUAAGAUAACUUGGUAUAAGGAUGUUCAGAGGCUAAGCGAGCGUCAGCCUAACGUGCAGCACGUGCAAGGCAGCAGCCUGCUGGCGCUGUGGAGCGCGCGCGCAGCCGACGCGGGACCCUACGUGUGCGUGGCGGAGAGCAGCGCCGGCGCCGCGCACCGCCGACACUACCUGCGAGUGAGAGUCCCAGGAAAAUGGAGUUUAUGGUCACAAUGGAGUUACUGCAACGUGACAUGUGGGCUCGGCUAUCAGAACCGUGCUCGUCGAUGCCAGUACAUCGAUGAUGAAAAUAAUAUUAUCGAUAAAAUCAGCCAACCAGAUAAAAUUAUUUUGGACGAAUCAGCGUGUAAGGGUGUAACCAAUGAUAGGAGAAAAUGCCACAUGCCGUCUUGUGAGGAAGAGGAAACACCAGCACGAUGGUCUAACUGGUCCAGGUGGAGUACCUGUUCCGCCAGCUGCGGCGUCGGCACUCAGACGCGAACACGCCGCUGUAGGGGUGAGGAGCCUUGCAUCGGAGAUAACGUUCAGAUCAGGAAGUGUCCCAGUUUACCGUCGUGCCGCGUGAACCGAGAAAAAAUUACUGACAUCCACAGCAGUGGAGAAGAUGUUGAAGAAAUAAAUCCAGAUUAUAUACCUGAAGCGACAUUUGAAAUGGAUCCAGAUCCUAUACCGCAACCCGAAGGAUAUGAUGAUUUCUACAUUCCACCUGAAUCAAAACAAAAGGCUUACUACGAUGUGAACGUCACAGAAAAUUUGGACCAAAGCGAGCAAGGUCCCUGCGAGCCCGGCUACGUGUACACUUCCGAGAAUAGGAUUUGUGAAGAUAUCGACGAGUGCGUUUUUAACACCAAUCACUGUCACCCGACACAAGUUUGUACCAACCUACCGGGUGGAUAUCGCUGCUCGUGUCCACCGGGAUACUACUCUCUGGGAGCAGGACAACGGUGCUUAGACGUGAACGAGUGUGCGCAGGAUACACACGCGUGUGAGUUCGCGUGUGUGAACGCGGCGGGUGGUUAUGUGUGUGCGUGUCCCGCACAUCUGCGCCUUCACCGCGACCGACAUCACUGCGUGCCACCGACGUCGUUUCGUAAUCCAUAUUUUUAUGAAGACGAGAAUGGCGAAGGCUACCUCGGUGCAUCCGUCGAGCAUCGGACAAGACAAAGAAGGCAUUAAACUUCAUAUAUAAAUAUUCUAAUAAAUAAAAUUUACUUUAA